GUCGGCAGUGAGUAAGCUGCCAGUUGCUUAGUGACGACAAACUAUCGACCUCUUCUGAUUUCCUGCGUUUUCAAAAUCUCUCUCUGGCACUGAGCUAGUGCAAAGUUUCCUAAACAGAAGUGCUAUGUUUUUGUCGUCUCUAACGCUGAGUAAUGAGACGUAAUGAAACCUUCAGUCUCACGUUUCGCGCUCAGAGAUAUGGUCUAUGAAGCGUUUUGAAGAAUGAUGAAUAAUUAUGUUUUCAUCAGGGUCGUUGGGAAAGGCAGCUACGGGGAGGUGAACUUGGUGAAACACAAAACAGACCGAAAACAGUAUGUUAUUAAGAAGCUGAAUUUAACCACCUCCUCCAAGCGGGAACGCCGUUCUGCAGAGCAGGAAGCACAGCUUCUGUCCCAGCUGCGGCAUCCUAACAUUGUCACAUACAGGGAGUCUUGGGAAGGAGAUGACUGUCAGCUGUACAUAGUGAUGGGCUUCUGUGAAGGUGGCGACCUUUAUCAUCGACUGAAGCAGCAAAAAGGCGACCUCCUUCCUGAGAGGCAGGUCGUAGAGUGGUUUGUUCAGAUAGCCAUGGCGCUCCAGUACUUGCAUGAGAGAAAUAUUCUUCACCGGGACCUUAAAACGCAGAACAUUUUCCUGACAAAGACCAAUAUCAUCAAAGUUGGAGACCUUGGCAUUGCACGAGUAUUGGAAAACCAGAAUGAUAUGGCCAGCACACUCAUAGGGACCCCAUACUACAUGAGUCCUGAGCUCUUCUCUAACAAACCUUAUAACCACAAGUCAGAUGUCUGGGCCCUGGGCUGCUGUGUGUACGAAAUGUCCACUCUGAAGCAUGCGUUCAAUGCUAAAGAUAUGAACUCACUAGUUUAUCGCAUUGUGGAAGGAAAGCUGCCACAGAUGCCUAGCAGGUAUGAUCCCCAGCUGGGAGAGCUGAUCAAGAGCAUGCUGUGUAAGAGACCUGAAGACAGGCCUGAUGUCAAACUCAUCCUCCGGCAGCCCUACAUCAAAAGACAAAUUGCCAUGUUCCUGGAGGCCACUAAAGAAAAAACUGCAAAGUCAAUAAAGAAAGCUGUGGGCGGUGGUGGUGAUGGUAAGGUCAACAGCACAACGUCGUCUGUGUUGUCGUCCCAGCCGAAGCCUGAGAAAAGUCCCCAGCAUGAAACUCCUGCCAGGGUGAAUCGGAAAGAAGAGAAAUCCCGACUACAUAAACUAAAAAACGGGGUCACAGACUGCACCCCUGUCCUAACACCUCCAUCUCCCUCUUCACCUGACACUCUUAAAGCCAGCAUUGUAUCUAUGGCAACCAUCAGCAACAUCAAUAUUGAUUUCCAACAACAGGACGAGGUGGAUCUGGUGAAAAGACGGGCUCAGGAGCUCAAAUCUGUUGCGUCACACAACCGGUCAGGUUUUGAAGCUGUGACUCACAGCGUGCACAAUGAACACAGGGGAAGAGGGAAACCGGAUCCUACUCCCCCUCUGUCCCCUGUUAAGCCCCCUCUGAGGUCUGUAUCGGGUGUCGGAGGUAGGGGAGGAGAGAGGAGGUCCUCCGACGAGUUCUUAGACAUUCAUCCACAGGCCACACCAAAACCCGGGAAAACAUUCUCUGUCUAUGCAGAGGGGCAAAGUUCAUCUGUGGAUGAGAAGGAUGAUACCAUGGAGUUACUCAGAGAGGCUGCUGUACAGAACCCAAAGCCUGAAGUGGAAAAAGAGGCGGCUCUUUAUACCCCUGAGAGGAGAGCAGCACAAAAAUCCAACGCCAAAAAUAUUGGAAUUGCUGUUGAAAUGAAUACAGACAAUAAAAAUGAUACUGUUGCUCUUCUCAAGGGAGCUCAGACACAACACCAUACCUCAGACAUCCAAGAAAACCUAGAAUCUACUGAAAAGCUGCUGGAGCCGCUACCUCCAACCCUGGAGCCUGUGCAGGAGGAAUCUCCUUCACCAGCCAGUAAGCCAGAUCUGACCCCUCAAGGCCAAACUCCCCUGUACUCUCCACCAGAAGCUUCUGUAUCACAGCACAGAGGGAGGGAUGAAAUACGGACAAAUAGAGAGCUGGACAAGUCUAGGGUGGCUGCUCCUAGACCUUUACCUCCUCCUCCUGUUUUGAGCUCAGCUGUAGAGGGGAGGAAGAGGAGUAGACGGAGCACAGAGUGCAAGAAAGCUGGUGGAGAUUCAACCUCCACAUCAGUGAGUUCCUGUAAAGACGAAUGUUUACCACUUCCACAGGACCGUCCUCUAUCUGCAAGAGAGAGACGAAGACUGAGGCAGUCCCAGGAGAUUGCCAGCCAACAAGGCGUCAAUGUUGUUAGAAGGGCAUCUUAUGAUGUCACUUCUACCAAGGAUGACAACUACAACCGUCCAGUUUCCAGAUCUGUUUCGGACCUCACUGAGACCAAAGCAAAGCAGGAUAAGCUGCGGGAGCAACGGUCGGACGAAGACGAGUGCAGCUCAUCCACAAGUUCCACAGAGCGCUCAGAGGGAGAUAGCAGGGAAAGAAAGACUGAAUCCAAUGACAUGCAGGAUUUAGUUCAUAUGAUGACCCAAACUUUGAGAAUGGAAAUUGGAGACGGUGUGAGUGAGGUUGAAAAAGGCAGAUUUGGCUCCACUGCACUACCAGAAUUUAAACUGAACAGGAGGUACAGGGACACCCUGGUGCUUCAUGGGAAGGCUCGGGAAGAAGCAGAGAACCUGUCGCUCGGCGAAAUACCAUUAGGCUCCUCAUCCGGUCCAGCCAAGAUACGUCGAGCCAUCGAGCACCUGAGGACAGACGUGGUGAAGGGCCUGGGUAUCAAGCUGCUCGACAGAGCCCUGGAAAUCAUGGAGGAGGAGGACGACAGCAAACGAGAACUGUGCCUUCGUGACCACAUGGGGGAUGAAAAGUACCUUGCCUAUGCUGUGAUGGUGAGGCAGCUGAAAUUCUUUGAGGAUAUUGCCUUCAAGAUUUAGAAGACGUGCUGCAUAAUCAAGAAACAUUUACAUUUUAAUGGCACUUCUUGUUGGAAAUGUGUUCACAAGGGCAAAGCUUCUUGACUGAACAUAACAGAAAACCAAGUUUUUCUCCCUUGAAGUGCUAAAAGAUUCAUUUGUUUAGACCACCCUGCCUCUUGUGGCAUGGCCACUUUUUUCUCCUGGUUGUAUGCAAAUGACCAUUUAUGCAGGCAGGAUUGUAAAUAAAUGUGACUUUUUUACCUCAUUGAAACUGACUAGGUAAAAACUCCUGUGAUUUUCAGGAAGCCUAUGCAAUUUUUUUUUUAGGUUACAGCCCCCCAGCUCUUUCUCUGAUGUUGGUAGUCAUUUGUAUAUUUAGAAUGUGAGCCAGACUUUGUACAAUAGUUUGCUGUAUAUUUGAAGGCACUAGAUCUUGCUUCAGCUGCUGUAUUGUAUUCCUACACGUGUAAUAAUGUAAUGCAAGAAAGAUGCAUUGUAGAAAUUAACAUUACAGUUUUCUAAUAAAUCUUAAAUAUUU